UGACGCGGCGGGGCGGGCGGUAAGGCCCUGACUGUAGGCCCUAACUGACCGCCGGGCCUACCGGGGCCGGGAGCUGUGGGGCCUGCGGAAGGGCCGGGGAGGCUGCUCGGAGCAGGAACAGUGUCAGAACAGACGAAAUCUGCACAAGCCAGUUUCCAGGAGAGUGGGAGUAAAAUUCUUCUGGAGAAAACAUUAUGAAAAAGAUGUUCCAAGGUGCAAGCAGCUGCACGGGGACAUAGACUCCAAGGUCUAACUUCUAGCACAAGUACAACAAAAAGCAUGGAAGAGAAGAAGAAAGAAGAGAAACCAGAAGAGCAACUUACUGAACCUGAAUCAGCUUUCCCAGAACCCUUACUAGAAUAUCAAAUUGAGACAAAAGAAGCAGCAAUUGAUCGGCUUUUGCUUGGUCUGAAAGAAGUGAAAAAAAAGAACAAAGAAUAUCAUGAGAGAAACGACCUCAUGAAGAAAGAGCAGCAGGCGCGCCUCAGGCGGACGUUAGGACAAAUAGAAGAAGAGGAGGAAAAACGAGAUGGAAAGGAGGUUGUGACUAGGGAGGAUGUGGAAGAGUCACUGAAAGAAGUAUGGCAGUACGUUAAGGAUGAAGAACACCUUCUGAAAGAUCUGCACUCCCAGAUUGAAGAAGCUGACCGAAGACUUUUGGUAAAGGAGGCUGAGAGGGAUUAUUGGUUGGAAUACAAAAAUGUAGGAAGUGAAAUAGACGCCAAAAAGAUUAUGAAUCUGGAAAAAGACAUCAAGCAAGUAAAAGAUGACCAUCACAGGACUGCAAAAUAUUAUAGAAAUGCGUUGAAAGCAGCGAAAGAAGAAAAGGACAGACUGGUUGAGAGGCACAUGAAGUUAUGUAAGGAACAGGCCCUAGAGAAAGCUAUAAGAUACUUGGACAAAAACAGUUGCAGAGAAAUCAAAGAGAACGAAUGGCUAAAAGAAGAGGUUAAGGUCUACCAAAAAGAAGUAAGUGAUUUGAAAGCCUCUAUUCAGCUCCUGGAAGAAGAGAAUAUCAGUUUAGUGACAAAACUGAUUGAUAGCAGACUUCAGAAUCUGAGAGUACCCAGGCAUUUGUUUCUUACCCAGGCAGCGGGCUUGAAAGAUGAAUGUCAUAAGGAUGAAAUGCAAGAAGCAGAGUAUAGAGAGUAUGCAGCAACGACAGAUGGAGAUGAAAGUGUCAGAAGUGCCACGGUCCCCUGUCAGAAGAGAAAAGCCUUUCCAAAGGCUCAGUCUAAAACAGAACUUGAGAAGCCUCAAGACAGUGAUGAGGAGCUGUGGGAAAGGUCACUCACCCCAACUGUUGAUGGCUUGUUGUAUGAAGAUGAAAAAGAUUUCCAGGAAUAUUUAAAACUGGGUCCUCUGGAGACAAAGCUGAUGUGUGUGGUUGGAAGAGCCAUGCCUAUUCAUAAAGAGCCAAAAGAAAUGCCAAGCAGGAGCCACAUAGAAGAUGGAAUUUGUGGUAAAUCAGACCAGCACAUCACAGCAAAGAUGAUCAAGGCCUUAUCUGAAGAAGAGGUUGGUUAAAAAGAGGCAAACUGUGCUCUUAACAUAGAAACUUAACAUUCUCAAUUCAUUAAAUAUUUGUUCUGUUCUUCAAGAAGUGUGUGGCACCGGGCUUUGUGGAAACUAUUUUUGAGUGCCUGGAUUAUGAUUUACACGUAGAAGUUUAAUGAGGGGGAUGUCUGUGUGCAAAUGGCUAAUUGAGGGGUUGCUUUCCUCACCACUGUGACAACGCUUGGGGACUUUUGGGGCUUCUCAGUGCAGGGAGCAGCACCUGGAUCUAAUAAAGGAUCCGAGUUAAUAUUUAGUUUUGGUGGUGCCCACUUGCAGUCUCUCAAAUGUGGAAUUCCCUCUUGGUCAGACACACAAUGGGUAAAUGCAGGCUGCCAUAAAAUGUAGAUCUGCUGCAAAAUACUUAAUAACUUGCUAAGGCAAAAUCUAAUUUAUCCAAGUGUAAUUCAAUGAUUGGUAGAAACUGAAGGUUUGAAUGCAUUUUAUUUGUCUUCAUUUGAC